AUGGCUGGUGUGGUUGGCAUCAUUCUAUAUGCAACGAAUCAACCUAAAAGUAAGCAAAAUCAAUCUUUGCAUACUGAUGAUGUUGAUCGAACUCUUCAUUUCAUUGCUACAGAUGAGGCAACGACCCAACAAUCGCCAUGCACGAUAGGUGCUAUAACUUGUUCCUCACCAAUCCUUUCUUGGAAUAAAACAGGCAUUUGCACGCAAUCUGCACCAUCAUAUCGGUAUUUUAGUUGUUGUCAUCGAGCAAUAUCAACUCAAUUGACCAUCGAGUUUCAACUUAUUGAAGAAGUUGGACCAUGGCAUAUUGAUGAUGUUAGUAUUAUGCAGAAUAAUGGAGAACUUCUAAUUAAUGGUGGCUUCGAAUCGAAUUUGACUGGAUGGACAGUCAUUUCUUCGGCAAAUAUUUCCAUAACACCAUUAGCAUAUUCCUCUGUAUCAGCAGCACACUCAGGUUCAGCAUAUCUUUAUUCAAUGGCAGCCUUAACAUCUGAUUACAUAAAGCAAACAGUGAAUGUCGCGCAAAAUCAAGAUGUUAAUGUUAGUUUCUGGUGGUAUGAUGAAGGUGGUGUAGCUGGUUCAACUGAAAAAUGUGAAGGAUAUGUAACACUAACGCCAUGA